CUCUAGAGAGAGAAACGAAAAGCAAAAGCAAAAGAUCACAUAAUCUUUCCAUUCACCAAAAAGCCAAAAAGACGGAAGCACGCAGAGAUUUAGAAAUGGAGAUUGGAAGUAUUUACGUCUUCUCAUUGUCAUCAGUAACAGACUUUUCGAGCUUUCAGCAAUGUCAGAGAUUGUGGUUGCAGAUUCCAGUUAUGGCGGCAGCAGCAGCAGCAACGCUUCAAGGCCAAUUACAAGGUCGAGAACAGUUGGUUACGUUCCAGAGCCCUUCGACAGUGAGAAAUUGCCUCAAUUUUUGAUUUCAGAAGUUCGUCCAUUACUUCGAGUCGCAAAUCAACUAGAAAAGGAGAACCCUCGUGUUGCACACCUCUGCCGCAUUCAGGCUUUUGUAAAAGCACAUACAAAAGAUCCGAAUUCGAGUGCCCGGGGUGUCCGGCAAUUCAAAACCGCUCUUCUUCAGAGACUUGAACAGGAUGAACAAGCCACUUUUCCUGUGUGGAAGGAAACAAGUAAUGCACGUGAAUUGGAAAGUGUUUACCAUAUGUACAAAGAGUACAUUCUUAAACAUGAGGGAGAGGAAAAUAGGGAGGAGCUACUAGAUGCACGUGCAACUGCUGCUGUUCUUUCUGAAGUAUUAAGGGCUAUUACAUCUGGAACUGGUCCUCUGGUUGAGGUCCUUGCUGAUGGUGAUGACAAUGAGGAAAAAUCCAAGUUUGAUGUUCCAUACAACAUCCUUCCACUUGAUCGUGGAGGUUCACAUCAAGCAAUUAUGCAAUUCCCUGAGAUUAAAGCUGCAGUUGCAGCUCUCCGCAAUAUUCGUGGUUUACCACUGGAGGGAAAUCAAACAGGGACUUCCUUUGAUUUACUUGAUUGGUUGCAGUGUUUGUUUAAAUUUCAGAAAGGCAAUGUAGACAACCAGCGAGAGCAUCUGAUUCUACUUCUUGCAAACAUCCAUGUUCGGCAGACUAAUAAGGGAGUAUCCAUGUCAAAGCUGGGGGAAAGAGCUGUGGAUGAACUGGUGGAGAAGUUGUUUGAGAAUUAUACAAGUUGGUGCAAAUUUUUGGGAAGAAAAAGCAACAUCAGGUUACCAUCAGUGAAGCAGGAGGUACAACAGUAUAAAAUUUUAUAUAUGGGGCUUUAUCUUCUUAUAUGGGGAGAGGCUUCAAAUGUGAGGUUUAUGCCGGAGUGUCUAUGUUACAUUUUUCACCAUAUGGCAUAUGAAUUACAUGGUGUAUUGUGUGGUCAUGUUACACCUACUGGUGAAAAGGUCAAGCCGGCAUAUGGGGAAGAAUCUGAGUCAUUUCUUAAAAAUGUUAUCACCCCUAUAUACAGGGUUAUAUAUGAGGAAGCCCAGAAAAACAAAAAUGGGGUGGCUGACCAUUCUAAAUGGAGAAACUAUGAUGAUCUGAAUGAGUAUUUCUGGUCUCUUGAAUGUUUCCAGCUAGGUUGGCCCAUGCGCCUUGACUGUGAUUUCUUCUAUGUUCAGUCCCCCAAUGAUACUCAAGUUAAGAAUUCUUGUUCUUCAUUCAUGGCAGCAGUGAAGAAAAGAAAGAAAGAGGAAAAAAAAGAUGAAGAGAUGAUGGCUAAUAUAGAGGAGAAUAGGAGACAAAAAUGGUUGGGGAAGACAAAUUUCGUUGAGAUUCGUUCAUUUUGGCACCUGUUUAGAAGCUUUGAUAGGAUGUGGACAUUUUUUAUUCUAGCUCUUCAGGUUAUGAUUAUAAUGGCAUGGCAUGGUAUGGAAUCAUUGUGGCAAUUUUUUGAUGCGACAGUGUUGGAAGACAUUCUUAGCAUAUUCAUUACUUCUGCUGUUCUAAAACUUGUACAAGCAAUUCUUGAGAUUGUCUUUACUUGGAAGGCAAGGCAUACGAUGGACUUCUUUCAAAGAUUAAGACAUCUGCUAAAGCUUUUAGUAGCAGUGGCAUGGACUAUCAUACUUCCAGUUUGUUAUGCUGCUUCUCAAAUAAAUUCUACUUGUAAUGGCAAACGAUAUGCUGAUUGGAUUGGAGAAUGGUGUAUCUCUUCCUAUAUGGUUGCAGUAGCAUUGUAUUUGGUGACGAAUGCAGUUGGGAUGGUGUUAUUUUUCGUUCCUGCAAUUACUAGAUACAUGGAGACCUCGAAUAGGAGGGUGUGCACUAUUUUAUCUUGGUGGGCACAGCCUCGACUAUAUGUUGGACGUGGCAUGCAGGAAAACUUACUUCCCCUUUUAACGUACACAAGUUUUUGGGUGCUUCUGUUAUUGACCAAAAUUAUGUUCAGCUACCAUUUUGAGAUAAAACCACUUGUGGAACCAACAAAGCAGAUCAUGAGUAUUAGUGUGAGCAAAUAUGAAUGGCACGAACUUUUCCCUAAAGUGAAAAGCAAUGCAGGUGCAAUCAUUGCUGUUUGGUCUCCCGUUAUACUUGUGUAUUUUAUGGAUACACAAAUUUGGUACUCUAUUUUCUGUACAAUCGUUGGUGGAGCUUUUGGCGUAUUACGCCAUCUUGGUGAGAUACGUACACUGGGAAUGCUGAGAAGUAGAUUCCAGCUAUUGCCUUCUGCUUUUAGCGUUCGCCUUGUCCCACCCUCAUCCAAAAAUGUACAGAAAAGGAGACUUAAAAAUUUCUUCUGGCCCAAAUUCCAUAAGGUGUCAGAAAAUGAGAAAAAUGGCUUUGCUAAAUUUGCCUUAGUAUGGAACAAAAUUAUCAGUAGUCUUCGUUCGGAAGACUUGAUAAGCAACAGAGAGACGGAUUUGAUGACUAUACCUUUAUCAUCAGAUUUAAGCUCUGGCCUGGUCCGUUGGCCUGUUUUUCUUCUAGCAACUGAGUUUUCAACAGCAUUGAGCAUGGCAAGAGAUUUUGUUGGAGAGGAUGAGAAUCUGUUCAAAAAGAUUAAAAAGAACAGCUACAUGUACUGUGCUGUGAAAGAGUGCUACGAGUUGCUCAAAAAUAUCCUUGACUUUCUUCUUGUUGGUGAUUUAGAGAAAAGGGUUGUUUCGAAGAUACAAAGUGAAGUACAAACAAGCAUCUGCAGAUCCAGUCUACUUCUGGACUUCAAGAUGAGUGAGCUACCAACUCUACAUGCUUCAUUUAUUGAACUAGUUGGUCUUCUGUUUGAGAACAAAGCAUGUCACAAAGAUAAAGUAGUGAAAGUACUGCAAGACAUUUUUGAAGUUGUAACCAAGGAUAUGAUGAUUCAUGGAUCCAGUGUAUUGGAAUUGCUCUCCAAAGUGGAAAAAGAUGAAAAGAGUUUCUUCAAGAAGGUUGAACCAGAGUUAUUUGUAUCAAGUCCCGGAAGUCCUGCCAUCCGGUUCCCGUUUCCAGAUGAUAAGCCUAUGAAGGAACAGACCAAACGUUUGUUUCUGAUGCUUACUGUCAAGGAGACAGCUUUGGAAAUCCCCAUGAACUUAGAGGCUAAGAGGCGUAUUUCUUUCUUUGCUACUUCUCUUUUUAUGGAUAUGCCUAUGGCUCCAAAAGUUCGCAAUAUGCUGUCAUUCAGUGUUAUGACUCCACACUACAUGGAAGAAGUUAAAUUUUCAAUGGAUGAGCUUUUUUCAAGCCAGGAAGCUGUUUCUAUCAUGUUCUAUAUGCAAAAGAUAUAUCCAGAUGAGUGGACAAACUUCCAGGAACGCGAAGGAUGCUUGGGAUGUGAAUUGGAUGAGUUAAUAAAAAUUAAGCCUGAAGAGCUUCGAAAUUGGGCUUCUUUUCGUGGGCAAACACUGAGUAGAACAGUUAGAGGAAUGAUGUACUAUAGGGAGGCCUUGAAACUGCAAGCUUUCCUUGACAUGGCUAAAGAUGAAGAAAUUUUUGAAGACUACAAUGCUAUUGAAAGGGGACAUGAUAAGAAAAAUAGUCCACGCUCAUUAUCAGCUCAACUAGAUGCAAUUGCAGAUAUGAAAUUCACACAUGUCAUCUCUUGUCAAAUGUUUGGAGCGCAAAAAUCUUCUGGAGAUCCUCAUGCACAAGAUAUUCUUGACCUGAUGAUAAGGUAUCCAUCUUUGCGGGUUGCUUAUGUUGAGGAGAAAGAAGAGAUUGGAAACAAGCAUCAAAAGAUUUAUUCCUCGAUAUUGGUUAAAGCAGUCAAUAAUUUGGACCAGGAAAUAUAUCGCGUUAAACUUCCUGGUCCGCCCAAUAUUGGUGAAGGGAAGCCGGAGAAUCAAAACCACGCUAUAAUAUUCACACGUGGUGAUGCUGUACAGACAAUCGAUAUGAACCAAGAUAACUCUAUGGAAGAAGCCCUUAAGAUAAGAAAUGUUCUGCAAGAAUUUCUUCGGAACCAUGGACUACGAUCUCCUACAAUCCUUGGUUUGAGGGAACAUAUAUUCACAGGAAGCGUUGCAUCUUUGGCUUGGUUCAUGUCAUACCAAGAGACUAGUUUUGUUACCAUCGGUCAAAGGGUUCUAGCCAAUCCCUUGAGAGUGCGAUUCCAUUAUGGCCAUCCGGAUUUAUUUGAUAGGGUAUUUCACUUAACAAGAGGUGGCAUAAGCAAAGCAUCAAAGACCAUUAACUUGACAGAGGACGUUUUUGCAGGGUUUAAUUCCACAUUACGACGGGGAUAUGUUACAUACCAUGAGUAUAUACAAAUUGGCAAGGGCAGGGAUGUAGGGCUAAACCAGAUCUCAAAGUUUGAAGCUAAAAUAACUAAUGGGAACAGCGAGCAAUCUCUAAGCCGUGACAUAUAUCGCCUUGGAUGUCGAUUUGACUUUUUCCGGAUGCUAUCCUGUUAUUUUACAACUGUGGGAUUUUAUUUCAAUAGCCUGCUAUCAAUAAUUGGGAUUUACGUGUUCCUCUAUGGGCAGCUAUACCUAAUUCUUAGUGGACUUGAAAGAGCAUUCCUUCUUGAGGCUAGAAUGCAAAACAUAGAUUCAUUGGAAACAGCUCUUGCAUCCCAAUCCUUCAUCCAGCUUGGACUCUUAACAGGUUUACCAAUGGUGAUGGAGAUUGGACUGGAGAGAGGAUUUUUUACAGCCUUCAAGGAUUUUAUUCUCAUGCAGUUGCAGUUGGCUUCUGUUUUUUUCACUUUCUCUUUCGGAACAAGAUCUCACUAUUAUGGUCGAACAAUUCUUCAUGGGGGUGCCAAGUACAGACCUACUGGCCGUAAAGUUGUGGUGUCCCAUGCGAGCUUCACUGAAAAUUAUAGGCUAUACUCACGUAGCCACUUUGUGAAAGGAUUUGAGCUGCUGCUCUUGUUAAUUGUUUACAAUUUGUUUAGGCGAUCUUAUAUGAGUGGCGUGACAUAUGUGCUAAUCACUUAUUUCAUUUGGUUCAUGGUGGCUACCUGGCUGUUUGCACCAUUUUUGUUUAAUCCUUCUGGAUUUAAUUGGGGGAAGAUCAUGGAAGACUGGAAGGACUGGAAUAACUGGAUUAAGAAUGAAGGCAAUAUAGGUGUGCAGCAGGAUAAGAGCUGGGAAUCUUGGUGGGAAGAUGAGCAGAAUCAUCUUCGACAUUCAGGGAUGAAUGCUAGGAUACAUGAAAUACUUCUUUCUCUGCGGUUUUUCCUUUACCAAUAUGGCUUGGUUUAUCACCUUGACAUAUCACAUGAUAACAAAAAUUUUCCAGUUUAUCUACUUUCCUGGCUUGUGAUUGCUGCAGUGUUCCUCUUAGUCAAGGGUCCUGGGAGGGGUGAGUUUGGAGUCGGUCCUAACUUUUGUCAUAUUUUGCACAAAGUGACUGCCUUCAAGACUCAAACCCGGGUGUUUGCCCUGGCAGCCCAAACCUUUUACCUGCAUGUAAUGGCAAUAAAUGUCGGGAGGCAACGGCUUGGUUCUAGUAUUCCAUUUCUGUUCAGGUUUCUUAAAGCAGUUCUCUUCUUGGGUGUGUUGGCUGUGAUAAUAACUCUUUGCCUUGUCUGUCAGCUGUCUGUGAUGGACUUAGUUGUGUGUUGUUUGGCUUUUAUCCCCACAGGAUGGGGUUUGCUGUUGAUUGCACAAGCUGUGAGGCCUCUGAUAGAGGAUUCUGGAUUAUGGAACUUGGUGCUGGUCCUUGCUCAAUCAUAUGACUAUGGAAUGGGUGCUGCCCUUUUUGCACCAGUAGCCAUUCUGGCAUGGCUCCCCAUCAUUUCAGCAUUCCAGACUCGUUUUCUGUUCAAUGAGGCAUAUAACAGGCGGCUACAAAUUCAUCCAAUCCUUCCAGGAAAGAAGAAGAAGAUGUAAUUUCUCUAUUUACUAACUGCUCUCAAUCUGUAAAGUAUUUGAUCCGUCAAAAAAAGGGAAAAGGAAAAUGUAUAUAUCAAUAUAUAUACUUAUAAGCUAUUCAUUAAUAUAUUGUAUAUGUUAGUAGUAGUACUAAACAAUGUGAAUCCCAUUAUUUUGUUCUUACUAUUAGCCAUGAAAAUCUUCUGAA